CAAUAUGGCUGAACAAAAGCUAUGAAGCUUCUUUUAUUGCUAAAGAAAUUUUGUUAUCAAAAAGUGCAACUGAUUAGUGAAAAUGAAUGAAAUUAACAUUAAUAUAGAAGGUUAUAAUGUCAACGGGAUUUGCGUGGGGUGUUUAAACUAUAAUCGUCGAAUGUUUUAUAAUUCAGACAUAAAGGAUUGUUUUCGACUACUUGGAAAUAUCGAUGUGCCAGAUGGAUUAGAAAUCCAGGUCUGCUGGGAGUGCUUGGCUCGCGUCCAGUCUGCUAUGCGAUUUCGAAAACAGAUACAGAAGUCUUACGAAUUCUUAAUUAAGUAUUCCAAAGAGCAUACGUUCCUGGAUUCCCCUCACGAUUUCGAACCCCAUGCAACGAAAUCUUUGCUACAGACAGAGGUCUGUAUUGAACAAAUAAGGGAUGCGCAAGAAGUGGUUUUUGAAGAUGAAAAAGAACCGUUGAUUAAAGAAGAGGAACAACAACUAGAAUAUACUUCUGAUGUGGACAUUAAAGAAGAAACGCUAGAAGAAACAUAUUUUGAGGAUAUUCCUCUUGAUAACGACGUGUCUUCCGAUGAAGAUGUCAAGCUGUCCAAGAUUAAAGAGGAGACGGAAAGAGAUAAGAAGAGAAAGAAGAGCGAGAAAAAGAAGCAGAAGGUAGCCCCAAAGAAACAUAAGCUAAAAAAGGAAAAGAUCGAUGAUAAAAAGAACAGGAAACUGAAGAAUCUACCCGAAGACUUGGUGGAACUUUACACGAUGACUAAUGAGGAAAUGUGGGCAGUCCGAUGGGAAGAUCUGAACAGCAAGGAGUUUCAGAAACUUAAGAAUAGAUGUGAUACUUGUAUCAUAGCGUUUAAUACUGAGAAACUAAUGCAAGAUCACUUAAACGGAAAACAUCAGCCAAAACGUGACGAUUGCCAUCAAUGUCCGAUAUGCGAAGCUUAUUUCUUGACGAAAGAUAAUCUGUCGGCUCACAAGGCGUUACACCAACAAGGGUACCGGUGUAAGGAGUGCGGCUUCAAUACCGGCUUGAAGAAACGUAUGAUGAAGCACGUCAGCGUACAUAAGUCUGGAGAAAGUUUUUCUUGUAGCUCUUGUAAGAGCAGUUUUAGUACGAAAUCGAAGUUAAUAUACCAUCGCGCCGUUUGUCGUCAAGAGAAGCCUCAGUGCGAUUGUUGCGGCAAAGUAUUUGCUAAUAAGAUGACUUUAAAAUACCACUUAAAAAUAUUACCUCGAAACAAAGAAGAGAAGCCUAAAGAGAAGUUGUUUAUACCGUGCAAAGGUUGUGACAAAGUGUUCCAUUCUAAGAAGAGUUAUAGAGCGCACGUAGUAAUCCACGAUGGCCUUUCAUACCCUUGCCCAAUCUGCGGCAAGCUGUUCCAAUGGAAACGCAAUCUUUACCGUCACACGCGCAACCACAGAGAACGCGCCGCCGGGGCUCUGCACGAGUGUAGAGACUGCGGCAAGACAUUCGCCAGCAGAGACUGUUACAAUAACCAUAUGAGACUGAGCAAACGGCACGUUGCUGAUGAAGCUUAUCAACACGCGUGUACUUACUGUGAUAAGAAGUUUCCGACGAAAUGGUGUCUGACUGACCACGUUGAUUGGGAUCAUCUGAAACGAAUCAAAUAUCAAUGCAGCUCCUGUUUCAAAGCAUUCAAAACGGCCAAGAUCUUGGUGGCCCACGUGAAGAAUAUACACGAAGGCAAGAAGAAGGAGGUCGAGGGUGAACAUCUUUGCGAAAUAUGUGGAAAAUCUUACAGGACAGUAAAACGCCUAAAAGGACAUGUAUGGGCGAUGCACACGAAGCGAUCAAACAGCAAGGUUUACAAAUGCAAGCUCUGUCCCGCCACGUUUAUGUGGCAAACUAGUAUCUACAAGCAUAUGAAAAUGAUGCAUGAUAACAAGAAAGCUAAGACUCAACGCGCCGCCCCACCAGUGAAAAAGGAGGAGCCCUAUCCAGGAAUCGAGUUGACGAAUCGCAUGCAGUAUUUUCAACAGAAUAUCGGCGGAAAUCUCAACAUAGUUCAUAUACAACCUAUUGAGAUUGGACAAAAUAUUGUUUUUAAAUAAAAAAAAAAUUGCCGGAGUCCCAAUCAUUUCCCACCUUCACCUUGCCCACCAUCUUUAAUCCUCAAAUCC